AUGGCUGAAGGUUCUUCCAACUUCAGUGUGUGCGUUGACAAUGAAACAUACGAGGAUUCUACUCUUCUUAGGGUGGAAGGUGAGAAUGUGCAUGGUAUUCUCUUACAAAUAGUUCAGGCCUUGAGCGAUCUUGACCUCAUCAUCUCCAAAGCCACCAUUUCAGCCGAUAGUGGUUGGUUCAUGAAUGUUUUCCAUGUCACCGAUCACCAUGGCCACAAGCUUAGAGACCCAAACUUCAUACGCUACAUACAACGCUCUCUUGAUGGAGACCAAGAAGGAAAUGGAUCUUACGACAUCACCCAACUCAAAAUCUGUCGUGACAACAAAGUCAAUGUUGAACAGUACUUUGCCUCUGAUUGCAUCGCCCUCGAAAUAAGCUGUGUUGACAUCCCCGGCAUUUUCUCUAAGAUCACCGCCGUGCUUUUUGAACUCUCUUUCAUGGUGGAUACGGGUAAAGUGUGGACCCACAACGGUUGCGCCGCUUGCAUCCUCUACAUAAAGGACCGCGACACAGGUCGGUCCAUCUCUGAUCGGGCACGCUUGAGUUGCUUGCUGAAGAACAUAUCUACUGUGGUGAAAGCCCACCACUUACCCGAUAAGUUGUGGGGGGUGCGACUACGCCAUGCCGCCUACCGGAUCCAUACGGAGCGACGACUACAUCAGUUGAUGCAAGAACAGAUGGACUAUCAGGUGACACCGUCACCAUUGCAAGCCAAUGAAGAUCUUUCCAUGUUGGCCAUUUCGGUUGUGGAG